UCUCUUAACGGAAACCCAAAACUCCGUUUGCACUUGUCCCUCCCGGAACCCUAAAGUGUUGGAACCCUAACCUCUGCCUCGUCUUUCUCUUCAUCUUGGAAACCCAAAUCCUUGAAAGCCUAACCUCAUUUGCGUAAAUAUCAUUUCGUGGAGUUCCAUUCUUUUCGUUGGGUUAAUCAAUGGCUUGGUACAGUAUGUAAUCUGUUACAAUUUUCAAGAAUUUCAGAGGUAGCUUUCAGGAUUUAACAAGACACAGCCUGGAGGUUUCUGGAGUUACUAGUGAUUUUUGCUCGCCUCUCAACCUUCCAUUGAUAAAACAGAACAAAGAGUAUAGAAGUUUAGGGUUUCGGUAGCGAGAUGAAGCCAGUGGUGGGGAUGGUGGUGUCAAACAAGAUGCAGAAAUCAGUAGUGGUGGCAGUGGACCGUCUCUUCCACAACAAGCUCUUCAACCGCUAUGUCAAACGAACCAGCAAGUUCAUGGCUCAUGACGAACACAACCUCUGCAACAUUGGUGACCGAGUUAGGUUGGAUCCUUCUAGGCCCUUGAGCAAGCACAAGCAUUGGGUUGUUGCUGAAAUUCUGAAGAAAGCUCGAAUCUAUGUGCCACCUGAACCUAUUGCCAAGACUCAAGGUCCAGCACCACCAUCAUCAUCUUAAGUUGAAGCAUAACUUGGAGCACAUUCAAAAGGCUGUGAAGAUGGGCCUAGGCAGCAGCUUCAGAGAACUGAUGACAGCAUUGCCAAACCACAAGAGCCCUUUUGGUGUUUUGUUUGAAUUGUUGUUUGCCUCCAGACAAGUGAAUAUUUUAUAGAUUUUACCUAUUUGAAAUAAGGGAUUUAUCUAUAUCGACCUCAUUGGCCAGAUUUUAGAAAAAUUCUUUCAAAUACUUUGUAAGGAUUAGUAGGAUUUACAUAUUUGAUGGCCUGUGGAUAUUGUCUCCAUCUUCAAAUGUCUAAGUAGGAGUGAAGGUGCAACUAGGUUCAUAUUGUAAAAUUUAAAAGAGAGAAUACUUCCUGAAAUAGAGAGUCCCAAGAGCCUGCUUUGGUUUGGA